AACGGAAGUAAGUCUACAUUUUUAUCGCCAUAAGAUAAGAUAUCAUAAUAUAUAUUAUUAUGAACAUAUAAAUAGACAUCUUGAAGUAUCCCGUUACCAGUUUAACAACAACAAAAAUACAAAAAAAAAUAACCAACAAAAAUGAAAGUUACUAUACUAUUCAUUACUAGUCUUUGUAUCUAUUUAGCUUAUGCACACCAAGAAAACCCAGAAAAAUCAACAGAAAAACCAACAGCAAAACCAACAGAAAAACCAACAGAAAAACCAACAGCAAAACCAACAGAAAAACCAACAGCAAAACCAACAGAAAGACCAACAGAAAAGCCAACAGAAAAACCAACAACAAAACCAACAGAAAAACCAACAGAAAAACCAGAAGAAGAUAAUAACCAAUGUUUAUGUGAAAACCAGCUUGAAGAUGUAUACGAAGAAGUAUAUCACCUAUAUGAGGAUAUAUGCGAAUUAAGUAAUGAAAUAGACGAAAUCCAAAAAGAUUUGCAUGAUCUUGAUGUCAAAGUUUGCGACCAGACACCAAUUCUCCGCCACCUUAAAUUGGAAAUUUUAGCGUUAAAGAAGAAUCAAACUUUGACUUUGACUGAACUUAAAAAUCAAACUAACACUUUAUCCAUUAUCGUUGGUAAUAUUAAAAGUGUUGAUCAUGAGAUAAAAAAAAUCAAAGGACAUGUCAACCUUCAGACUACUCAUAUAGAUUAUUUAAAACAAAUUUUAUUACAUGUUAAGAUAUGUUUAUAAAAAUGGUACUAUGUUAAGAGGAUCGGUACAAAGUUUCGGCUCCAAUGCUAUUUAAAUGGGAUUCAUUUUUUUUUCGAAUCCUGAGAAGACUAAUAUAUAUUUUUGAAUAAUUCAUACGCAAAAUGAAAGAUUACGUUAUUGCCGAGGGCCGAAAGUCCCUGAAAACUUCUAUGUUUAUUUUAAUAAGUUACAGGGGUUAAAAACUAAGAGAAAAUGUAGUGUGAUCUUUAAUUUUAAAUAUCUCAUUUAAAAGAAAUUUUUUAUUAAUUCUAAGGGACUUUCGGCCCUCAAUAAUAAUUUGUCUUUCAUUUUGCGUUUAAGUUUUUUAAAAAUAUUUAUUAGUUUUUUCAGGAUUCGAAAAAAAUAGACACCAUGUCUGUGGUGAUAUUUUCCAAAUCGAACAUUCAGUAUCUUUGUUAUACAAGGCACUGAGUCGAAUAGAAUAAGGUGACAAGACAGUGACAAUUUUUAAUAUUUGACAUAGCAUCGGGAGUAUUUUGAGUUGUUGAUUAAAAAUAAUAUUGAUAGUGUAUUUGAUAAAUAAUUGAUUUAAGACGUAAACUUAAUAAAAAGCUAUUUAUUGUUUAUUAUUUAUGGAAGAUCCAAGCAGAGAAUACACCAGGAUAUAUUCUGUGAUCCAAGUAAUUUGUUGCUAAAUAUGUUCAAAAUUGUAAGCGUUCUAUAGUAACAAUAUAUUAUUAAAAAAUCACUUUAUCACUUUUCCGCUUUUCUCAAUUGAGUAUUAGUUUUUGUUGUAUAGUACAUAAAUUAUUACAAUUACUGAAUACAUAGUUAGUGAAAAAUUAUCAUAUUAGUUAACUCAAUUAAUAAAUUAAGCAAUUAUACCUACAAGUAUUAAAAAAUAACAGUUAUCCAAGAACAUUCAAAAACCAUAUAUUUAAAGUUAAUGAUGACAUUGUCAAGUAAUGUUUACAUAUCCAUACCAGUGAGAAUUUUACUGCACGUAGUUUGCCGUGUAAAGACAUACAAAGUAGGGAUAGCCGUAAAAUAUUUGCGCCUAGACUCUUAAGGAGAUUUAAGAACUAAAAUAUUAACUGAUAUUCAGAUGCAAUAAAAAAUAUAGUAUAUAUUUACU